AUGAGGAGAAGCAGAGAUUUGCGAGGUGCUGGUUCUAACGUCGACGGAGCGCUGAGGAGGAGGCAGAGGGUUGCCACUCUCAGGGAUUCAUCGGACGAGGUUGAACAGAUGAUGGUGUUGAAGGAGACAGUGAGGUUGAGAGAUCGAGAGCGAUUGCGGAAGAAGGAGAGGGGUCGAGAUUUAUCCAAGAGGAGGAGAAUUGAGAAUAGGUCCGUGGUGCAGCAGAGGAGUGGCAGCGGAGGCGGCGGUUAUGGUGGUAGAAAUUAUAGAGAGAGCGUGAACGCGGACUCGAGUGAUGAAGAGUGCUUUGAGGAGGGAGUGGAGAUGAGAAUUCACCAGCAGAAUAUGACCACUCAGCUCCCGCCGUCGCCUAACCGUCGGGGUCUGCGUACCCUCCUGUCGUCGCCGGUUCUCAGAGUCUCCGUCAACGAGGUGCUCGGAGUUUCUGUACCCCGGCGAGCUCGCUCCGCAUCAGUGAAGAAGCUUCACGAGUGGAGAAAUUCAGGCAAUGGCGGAUUUGGGGAGAAUCCGAUCGGCCGGAAAUAUUCGCCGUCUCCGGCAACGGCGCCGUCAAAUUCGAAGUCGUCUUCAAUGAGUCAAGACGAAAUCGAGAUCGAGGUGGCUGAAGCUCUGUUCGAUCUGAUGAAACAGUCUCAAUCUCAGUCGCCCUCAUCUGAAACGGAAGAAAAAGCCGAUAGAGGUAGCAGAGAUAACAACGAUGAAAUUGAGAACGACGCUUUCCAAGUUGAAAACGAGCAAGCCAUAAAAGAGGCGAAUAAAGCAGCUGAAGAUCUGGUUAAUACAGAUGGGUCUGUGGUUAGAGGAAAAGUGGGGUCUGCAGAGGAGAGAGAGUCACCAUCAUUUGUUAAAGCAGAUGCUUGUGAUAUUCAGUAUCUGACAGUGACAAAAGCGGAUUAUGAGGGGAGUGUGGUUGAGGAUGGGACUAAGAAGAGCUCCAGGAUAGAGAUUGAUUUGAUGGCCCUUCCAUCUCUGCCAUCAUCCCCUGAGAGAGACACCUCUGUCGAUAUUAAUUCCGAAACUAUGGCUCAAGAUGUUCAAAAGAAGAGUGAAACAUUGAGUAGCAAUCAGUCGCUAAACCUUAAUUUGGAACAGCAAAGGCAUGAUACCUCGAAUGCUAGCAAAAGCACUUCACAGCCACAGCAGAGCCCGAAGGAGCCAAAAAUUAAAUGUAGCUGGCCUGGUGUUCUUCCUCAUGCGGGGUAUGUGCCGUCUCAUCGAGCAGAUUUACCCCGGUCUUCACUGAUAAUGCAGGCCCCAGAGUUUAAAUUCUUGCAGCCUCGACCCAAAAGAUGUGCGACACAUAGGUAUAUUGCCAAGAACAUUCAUUCUCACCAUCAGCUUGUUCAGAAGUCCCUGUCAUCUGGGUUGACUGGUGUUGGCACUACUUUGUACGGAAUCAAAUCAUCAAACAUACAAUCGAACCCUCUGAUGGGAGACUUUGAGCGAGGGCAAACUUUGACGGGUGGUACUGGAGAAGAUAAAAGCUCUGGUGUAGCUGCUGAUUUCAAUGUGACGACAAGUGGCAAGUCUCUUCUCCAACAAGCCCCGAGCCAAGCUCAAGCUCAAGCUCAAGCUCGUAACUUUUUGCACAACCCGGGUUUCACAUUCUCACUCGGUGGUCACCAUCAAGCGGCAAUAAUGGCGCCACCAAAUUCAUUAACAAAUAAACCUCCAGCAACCUCAUCCGAUGUGGAGACACUAAAUGCAGGCACCUUUAAUCGCUCGUUUUUCCCUUCCAAUGAAGCCACUUCUUCAUACAUAGCAAUGCUACAGAAUAAUGGCUAUCAGUUUCCUAUUCCACCGAAUAUUGCUCUACCACCUUCUUUCAGAAGUGGAUCCAUCUUAAACUCAUCCCUGUACUCCCUGCCUGCUUCGAAAACCGAUGCAAAUAAAACGCCACAAAUGGAGAGGAAAAACGGCGCCUCUGCUAGUAAUAACAGUGCAGCCCAGAUUUAUUCAUUUUCUGUCCAGCCAAUGAGCUACGGUCAAUCCAGCAACAAGCUGCCUCCGGUCUUGCAAAACUCCGCCAUCUUCCAGAAGCUUCCAGAACCAUCAUGGAACGGUGGUAACAAGAACUUUCCAUCAUCUGACGAGAGAUCUCGUAAUGUUGGUAUUCCUAAAGCCUCUUCAUUCCAGACUGAUUAUUCGCCCUUGAUUCCGAAAUGGGAUAACUUCUCUAGAGCAGCAAAAGUUCCGGAAGGUUCAUUUCAGUUUUUCGCGCAACAUAUUCCUCAGACAAAACAUCUGCCGGUUCAGGGUCAUGUUAUGUACGGUAAUAGUCUGGAGGGUUCUCAGAGGUUGUCCCCGGCUUGUCGAAGGAACGUGCCUUUGGUUUUUGGUAAUGCUGCAAGCCAACUUCCCGAGCUCAAGCAUUGA